UUAUGGAAAGCACCUCAGAAAGGAAAUGGUUGCAUAAAAUUCAAGGCAACCGUUGUGGAAUCUGUCGACACCUGGUUCAGCGAAGAAGGAAAGUUGUCGAGGGUUUUGUGUGAAGAAUCUCCAGAUAGUGACGACACUCAACCAAAAAUUCUCAAGCAUUGCUGCACCUGUGAUGAGGCAAAAUAUGAGGUUAUUUUUGAGGGUUUAUGGUCAAGAAACACCCAUCCAAGAGAUUUCCCUGCGAACGGAUGACUAACAAGGUUUAGUGAUAUCAUAGGAGCGUCUCAUACAGUAAAUUAUACAUUCUGGAGCUAUGGUGAUAUAGCUAGUGAAGGUUUGAGACAGCUUGCAGAACAUGGAAAUACCAGAAUGCUUGAAAGCGAGUUAAAAGCUAAGAGUGAUCACAUUCGCACCAUCAUCAAAGCCAGAGGUAUCAGUUUCCCAAACAUCACUGGAAAAACUUUUGCUGUAUUCAGGGUGGAUAACAAACAUCAUCUGAUGUCAAUGGUGUCGAUGAUCGAUCCUUCCCCAGACUGGAUUGUUGGAGUAUCCAGUCUUGAACUUUGUCUUCGAAACUGCACAUGGAUGGAAUCAAAAGUUCUCAACUUGUAUCCAUAUGAUGUUGGCACAGAUGAUGGAAUCACAUAUUUGUCUCCAAAUCAACCAUCCUCUCCCAGACAACCCAUUAGAAGGCUCAGAACCAACGUUCCCGAUGACCCAAGGUCCCCCUUCUACGACAUAAGUGGCAACCCGUUGAAACCCUUCGCACGCCUAACACUAACAAGACAGAGACUCUACGAGAAAACCUGUGACCCUGCUCUGAAGGAAGACUCAGACGAUGAUGCCAAUUGUGAGACAGAUGAUUGGUCUGCGUGGUCAGCCUGCUCAGUUUCCUGUGGAAGAGGGGUUAAAUACAAACAGAGGAGAUACAAACACGAAGAAAGUAAGUACAACUGUAAUAAAAAACUUACAGAGAGGGCAACCUGUGAGGCUUUGAGGAAGUACUGCCCGUAUCAGCGUACCAGAGUUGUGGAGGACCCCCUGUGCGAAUUGGGACCGUGGUCGGAGUGGUCCAGUUGUAGCGUUACCUGUGGCAAGGGCGUGCAAACUAGAGACAGGAAGUACAAGAACAGAUUCGCUGCUAAGAAAUGUACAGCGGGAAAGGUGGAUACCCCAAUUCUUCAACAGAACUUGGAAUGUUUGGGUGAAGGAAAAUGUGAAGAUUACGAAGAAAGGAUUGAUGGAGAUUGUCCAGAAAAUCCAUGGAGUGACUGGUCACCGUGCUCUGUAACCUGCGGAAAAGGUUUCAAAGAGAGAUAUCGACUGUCUCUAGAUUUCACUGCGAAAAAGACGAAAUACUGGCCGCUGAAUACAAAUUAUAGAAGUAGCUCCUCAGAAAAUGAAUUUGAUGAAGACGAUCCCUGCAGUAGUUCAAAAGAAACUGUAGAAUGCUUCGAGACGGACUGUCUGGAUGGAAUUCGUAAUG